AUGGGAUCCAUCGUUGCAAACCACGUGUCAGAUCAGAACGAUAGAAUGUUCAGCAACGGAGGAAACGCAGAGGUCUACCAGCGCACGUUUGAGGGCCGCUCUAGAUCGACCUCCUCUAAUACGACCCCCACCACAACCACCGCCCCGCCACCCAUAGGCUCUGCUCGGCUGCCCGCGCAUUCGAACGAGAUCCCCGCCUACCUCACUUCCCACACUCCAAACCCCUCCAAGGACCCGUCCCAUCCUUUGCCAUCCAUGACCUCCUCCAACUAUGCCUACCCGACCGAUUACCCUUCUCAUUCCAACUCCAACACCCCUCUUGGCCAUGUGGACAGAGACUCGAUGAUCGCCGCUCCAUCUGCACCUGCACCACAUGCCACCCCGGCCUAUGCCCGAUCACCAGAAUCCCCGCGCCUGCAGCCAACCUUCAAGUCCAUGCAGUCUGUCCCGGGCUCCGAGGCAAACUCCCCCAGUCGCAUACGCGUGCGGAGUUUGUCCCACAUUCAGAGUAUUGCCAGUGAGGAAUUCCUAGCGCCACCGCCGCGAUCACACGCUGGACAUGGAUUGCCACAACGCCAAUUCGAAAUUAGCUCCAUGCCAGUGGGCGAUGUGAUUGAGAUGGUCGCUGGUUUGCUCACCAAGAUCACCACCACAAAUGACCUGCAUCAUGAGCAUACACAUCGUCAUAUUCCACCACCAGAUGGAACCAGCAACCUCAGUCCACAGGCUACCAGUGUGCUCGCAUUCCACGGGAAGAACGUGCCCAGUAUCACAAUACUCAGUUACCUCACUCGGAUUCACAAAUACUGUCCUACCACAUAUGAGGUUUUCCUCAGCCUCUUGGUCUACUUUGACCGCAUGACCGACCUGGUCAAUCGGGGCCAGGUAGAGUUAGAUCAUCAUUGGGAAUCAACAGCGAGUGAAUUAUCGGAAUCUUCUGAUGCAAUGGACACAUCCGCAGAUCGCCAUGCACAGAAUUCAUCAAUAGUGACACCACCGUCCUCGGCACGUAUGACUGCAGAGGACCCACACAGUCCCAAUGCCUCGGUUUCCCCAGCUCUGUGUCCUCAAGCGGAAGACGAGAGCUUGUCCCAAUUCUUCGUGGUUGAUAGUUUCAACAUCCAUCGGCUGGUCAUCGCGGGCGUGACCUGUGCCAGUAAAUUCUUCUCCGAUGUUUUCUACACCAACUCACGAUAUGCAAAGGUCGGUGGUCUUCCGCUUGCGGAGCUGAAUCAUCUGGAGCUCCAAUUCCUUCUACUCAAUGACUUUCGCCUGGCCAUCACGGUUGAAGAACUCGAGGCAUACGGAACCAUGCUAGUCGAGUUCUACGCCCGGGAGAUCGUCUCACAACAGCAAACCUCCGUCCCCCGACCCAUCCCAGGCUCUGGCACUGGCUCUCCAUCCGACGCCAUGUACAUGCGGACUCGCGAGAAGCACCGAGACCCUGCUGAAUUUGCCCAGACCCCGACCCCGCCUUAG